AUGUUGCUUAACAUUAUUACAACUAUUUGUCUGUUUUUGAUUUUUACUAUUCACUUGAUCGUUGGUAUCAAUAGCCUUGCAGUACCUGCCGGACUUCGUCCUGCCAAAAAAGUUGGCGAUCCAAAAACGCAAAUUUUGCCUCUAAAUUAUCAAAAAGCUCAACAACAAUCGGAAACACUGAAUUUACUACAGCCAACACCAAAAGUACCUCCAAAUUUAUCACUAAGAUCACGGAUGAUGGCAGCACUAAGUGCUUCAUCCGCGGAAUCAAAUAAUACAGGAAAUAACUUCAAAGCUAAAGCAGAUAAAUCUUCCAAACCACCGAUAAUAUUCUCGAAAAAUCAAAAAAAAGUAUCUUCGGGGAAAACAACUCCACAUUCAUCGCCAAAAGAAAAUGCUCGAGUUGUUGUUGCUCCACCAGCGAAUUUAGGAAAAAAUAAUUAUGGCUUAAAUACAGUACUACAAACAAAUUUGGUUGAUUCACAUGGACGUGUUAUAAAGAAUGUUAAUACAGUACCAAUUAAAGUACCUUCUUCGGCGGAAAUGAAACAUGCAAAAACACGACAUACUGCUCGACAAGUUGAAAGCGAUGCAGAUAAAGUUGUACCUAUCAAAUUUGGAUCUUCUAGUCAACGUUAA